AUGUCUAAAACUACUAAUCUUAUUGAACUAGUAUCUCAACUUGGAAAACGAAAAAGUUUGCAUAAUGAGAUCUUUAUUAAUAAUCUCUUUGAGGAGAAAAACUUUCUAUUAGAGUAUAAAAAUGUGAAAAUACACUCUGAAGACCAAAGUACAUUAGAUGGAUUUGUAGGUCAAAUAGAAAUUCCACCUAAAUUUACACAAACUGGAUUUUAUACUUUUCUUAUUAAAUGGAUAGUUGCUAAUGAUCAGCUAUUUACAACAUCUAAAAAUCAGCAUUUUCAGC